AUGAUGCGAGUCACCUCUACAGGUAGACCAUUCGCAAAGGAUCUAUUCGAUAUAUUUGGAGCAUUUCUUAUCCAGACUCCCCUAAAAGACCAUCGAUCCAUCUUCAGAACAUAUCCCAACAGUAUCACCACAGACGAAGCAGUAUUGACAUUAUCAGACCUCAAAUUUGUCCAUGUAAUACGUACUCCUGACCCAAACGACCCAAAUGUACAGAUAGCUACCCGAACGACGACGACAUUUAGCAUGACACGCGAAAUGGCCAAAACUCUUGGACAACACAUGUUGAACAGUCGAUUAGCAGAAAACGCAGCAGAUCCCCAAAACCGUACAAUGAAAGAUAGGGCCACCUGGUAUGUCACCCCAAAGGGAAAAUACAUGGUCCAGGACUUUAGUCAACGGGCAGGUGUAAGCAUUAGCCACAUUCAGAAAUCUCUCGACCGUAUCGACUCCUUUCGCAUCGUCAAGUUUGACCGUCUGAUUGACACCGAUAGUCUAUCGUUUGCCCGUCCCAACAUGACAACGGCGUUUAAAACAAUGAUGGCUUGGUUACCCACCGAGACUUUAUUGGCUGAUGAUGUUGGAGGCCUUAAAGAAAAGCAAGCUCACGAAUACACAUACACAUUCUACGGUUACCAAUGUUUUGAGUGGAUCUGUGAAUACACAACCGUAGUGUCUGGAGAAGAGGGCCUGAUGAUUGCAGCCGAAUUUGUCUUGUACGGAUGGAUUGUCCAGGUUCUAGACAAAUCGGAUAAAUCGAAUAGUAUACGAACCGACAACAAUUCUUUCAAGACAACCAAACGCGCAAUCUACUACGUAACAGAGCGUGGGAGGAAAGUCUUGGGGUGGCAGACAAAACCCACCCGGAGUCCUUCAGACGUAUCGCUUUCAAAGCAAUCAGACAUCGCCUCUAGUUCGUCCUCAUCGGUCACCCAGAGCCAGGUGCUGCGAAAGCAAAUGACACUGGCCAAGAGAUUGGCUCCUACUGCUUCGGAUGUGCCCCUUAGUGAUAGUGCGAGCGGAAAUCUCGGAAAGACGCCCAGAGACUCACAGUGGACUAGACUGAGGCAGAUUCUUGAAGAUCCUCUGUUGCGAAUGUAUUUUCGGGAUUUCAUGAAGGCCAAUUUCUGCGAAGAAAAUAUCAAUUUUUGGGUCGAUUAUUAUAGCCUGCGGAAGAAGGCCCGAUCGCGUAGAAUGAUUAUCAGUGAACUUCUCACAGACUGCUACACAAUCUACGACACCUAUCUUGGUAUGCAGGCUGCCUCGGAAGUAAAUAUUGAUCAUGGUCUUCGCCAAGAAAUCAUCACCCUUGUUACAAGGACGUUCACAGUUGCACCUGGCUCAUCUCUAGAUAUGCCAUUCCUCAAUAUACCUAUCCAACCCACCCUAAUUAAUGUCACUGUCAAUGGUUCAAAUCAACAAUGCCUCCAGGUGAUAAUGAGGAUGUAUGACAAAGUUAAUGACCACAUCUGUCGUCUCAUGGCCCAGGAUUCGGUCCCCAGAUUUGUCAAGACUGAGAAAUAUCAACAAUUCAUGUCACAGAACAGUACACCUAUCUAA